GGGGGAGCCGGCGGGGCGGAGGAUGGAGUAGCGGGGCGCGGCGGAGCAGGCAGUGCGGGGAGCGCCGCCUCCGCCCGGGGAGCGCGGGGGAGCGGGCGGGCAGGCGGGGAUGAUGCGCGGGGGGACAGCGCGCUAGGGGCAGGAGGCGGGUGGUCGCCCGGAGACUCCGCACCUCGGAGUGACGUCCUGCUGCAGUGCCGCUGCCUGCGCUGCCCGAGCUCGUCAAUGGAGCUGGAAAACAUCGUUGCCAACACCGUUUUGCUGAAAGCCAGGGAAGGGGGUGGAGGGAAACGCAAAGGCAAAAGCAAAAAGUGGAAGGAAAUCCUGAAAUUCCCUCACAUUAGCCAGUGUGAAGAUCUCCGAAGAACAAUAGAGAGAGAUUACUGCAGCAUAUGUGAAAAGCAGCCCAUUGGAAGGCUCCUCUUUCGGCAGUUCUGUGAAACUCGGCCCGAGCUCGAGUGCUGCAUUAGGUUCCUUGACUCGGUGGCAGAAUAUGAAAUUGCUCCAGAUGAAAAGCUGGGAGAGAAAGGAAAGGAAAUCAUGAUGAAAUACCUCACCCCAGAGUCUCCAGCCUAUGUUCCCGAAGUCAGUCAAGAACUUAUCCAGCAGACAGAGGAGAAACUCGAAAACAGCCCCUGCAAAGAGCUGUUCUCUCCCUGCACAAAAUCUGUCCUUGACCACCUCAGUGGGGAACCAUUCCAAGAGUAUCUGAACAGCAUGUACUUCGACAGGUUUCUCCAAUGGAAGUGGUUGGAAAGGCAACCAGUAACAAAAAACACGUUUAGGCAGUACAGGGUACUGGGGAAAGGCGGCUUUGGGGAGGUCUGCGCCUGCCAAGUGCGAGCCACGGGGAAGAUGUACGCCUGCAAGAGAUUAGAGAAGAAGAGGAUCAAGAAGAGGAAAGGCGAAUCCAUGGCGCUCAAUGAGAAGCAGAUUUUGGAAAAAGUCAAUAGUCAGUUCGUAGUCAAUUUAGCUUAUGCCUAUGAAACAAAGGACGCACUGUGUUUAGUUCUGACCAUAAUGAACGGAGGUGACCUGAAGUUUCAUAUCUACAACAUGGGAAACCCAGGCUUCGAGGAGGAAAGAGCUUUGUUUUAUGCAGCAGAGAUUCUUUGUGGCUUGGAAGACCUUCACAGAGAAAAUACUGUGUACAGAGAUCUGAAGCCAGAAAAUAUCCUGCUGGAUGAUUAUGGCCAUAUUAGAAUAUCUGAUUUGGGUCUAGCUGUUAAAAUCCCCGAGGGUGAAUCAAUCCGUGGAAGAGUAGGAACAGUAGGGUAUAUGGCUCCAGAGGUGCUGAACAACCAGAGAUACACGCUCAGCCCUGACUACUGGGGGUUAGGCUGUCUCAUUUAUGAAAUGAUUGCUGGGCAAUCGCCAUUCCGUGGAAGGAAAGAGAAGGUGAAGAGGGAAGAAGUGGACAGAAGAGUGCUGGAGACAGAGGAGGUGUACUCCCAUAAGUUCUCUGAGGAGGCCAAGUCCAUCUGUAAAAUGCUCCUCACCAAAGACGUGAAGCAGCGGCUGGGAUGCCAAGGGGAAGGGGCAGCAGAAGUGAAGAGACACCCCUUUUUCAAGAGCAUGAAUUUCAAGCGGUUAGAAGCAGGAAUGCUGGAACCUCCCUUCGUGCCUGAUCCCAGAGCAGUGUACUGCAAGGAUGUGUUAGACAUUGAGCAGUUCUCCACAGUGAAAGGAGUUAACCUGGACCAAACAGAUGACGAUUUCUAUUCCAAGUUUUCCACAGGAUCGGUGUCUAUUCCAUGGCAAAAUGAGAUGAUAGAAACAGAGUGCUUCAAGGAGCUGAAUGUAUUUGGACCAAAUGGUACUAUUUCACCAGACCUAAACAAAAGCUACCCCCCAGAGCCACCCAAGAAAGGAUUGCUACAGAGAAUAUUUAAGCGACAGCAUCAGAACAAUUCAAAGAGUUCUCCAAAUUCAAAGGCCAGUUUAAAUCAUCACAUAAAUUCAAAUCACGUAAGUUCAAACUCCACUGGAAGCAGCUAGUUCCAACUCAGCCCUAUGAAACAACAUGUUGCAUCCUUCCACUAUAAUCUCUGGAGCUUCUGUGGAUGAGAGAGCCUCCACCGUUGAGUGAAAAGAAAGAAAAUCUGGAUCUCCCAAAAUGGAGAUUUUCUAUCCAUUCCUUCCAGUGGAGCCUCACAUUUUAAGAAGAAAUUUCCACUCAGGUCUGUUUUUGGAGGUGGCACUCAAGACUGUGUGAAUCAAAUUUGUCUCUUUAGAACAUUGCAAUAGAAAUUCAAUGAACAUGACUACUUGCACGUAUUUAAAUAGCAUCAUACUAGAACUGAAUUUUGUCUUUAUUAUUUUUAAAGGAAAGUUUUGUAAAUUUCUCUAUUGUCUCAGUUUACAUUUUGUACAUUUGUAUUUAAAUGAAAGUCAGACUUUGGAGGUGUAUAUUUUCCAAGCAGCAGCUGUAAAGCCAUGUGUUUUAAGACAUUUUUUUAAAAGAAACAAAAUGUGACUCAAGACUUCCAGAGCCUCAAACGAGAAAUCAUUCUUUUUAGCAAUUCUAGAAAAUUCUUCAUAAAUCACUUUAUCAGACAGGGGUUUAUUGACAUGCAUUUUUAUGGAACAGUUUAUUCUUAAUUAUUUUACAUCUGUAUAUUUGGUUUACAGCAACACUGCAUACAUUUCUCCUCUUCAUUAGUUUGUAAUGUCUCACAUUAAAUGCUAAAAGACAAGAUUUUGAUGCAUUCAAAAAUGCUACUUGCUAUGCUGAUGGUUUGCGAUGUCUUGGGACCAGCACAGCUGAGAUUUGCACUUAUGUUGUUGUUCCAUCAAAGGCUUUUUAGUUAGAAAGGGAGCCUUGUUUUAAGCUCUUUUCCUUCACUAGUGUUUGUGCUGUUUCUAGCGACAGGCAGAACAAAGCUGAGGGAGAGGUGACCAGGAAAGCAAAUGUCCAUUUCUUUUUCUAGGACUUCAAACCUGCACCUGCUGAAAUGACAGCAAAACUCAAAGUGUUCCCCAUGCUGCAGUCAAAAGCCCAAGGUCUUUCCAGAGUUGCCCAUUUCAAAGAGGCAGCAGGAGGGAAGUUCAGCAGUCUGGUUUGUUCCAGCCAUGAGAUUUGUGGAGCUGAGCUGUGGAGGUUCAGAGUGGGAUCUGAGCUGCUUUUGGGCAGUAGCAGAACCCACAGGCUGUGCCUGCACUUAAAAUACUUCCGUGUGUCAUGCAAACACCCCCUGACACAUCCUCUCAGUUAGAUCCUCAACUGAACGAAAUGCCAGAAUGAAAUAACAACUCCCACUUCCAGCUCCAUCAUUCUUUGUCCAGGAUCCUUUAACCAUUGACAAAAACUCCAUUCCCACUAGGAUGAACAGGCAGGAUCAGUAGCAGUACCUCAGGCAUCAGAAUCAGGCUCUUCUCAAGUAUUUCACUCUUUUUGUUAAGAACACCAAUAAAAAAAAAUGGUUACUUCCCUUCCACAGGAACUGGAAGACCUUUGUGCCCACAACUGCAGCUCAGAGUGUUCUGUAGAGUGUUGGUUCCCCAUACUCUUUACAAUGUUGGCUAGACUGUACUGAUUUUUUUAAACCUUUGGGUCAUCAGGAGCGUCUGAAAGCCACUCUGGUGUGUCUAAAAUCCUGUUAGCCAGGAGUGGAGCUACCCCAGGGUCCAAGGAAGCCAUGUUCCACUGGCAGUGUUAAUAGCCAAAAUUCAUUAGACUGCCAUGUGCAUGUUCUGUGUGGCCAGUGCUGAGGGGGAAAAGGUGAAGGUUAGUGGUGGCAAAUCCCCGAGUGAGAAACACAGAAAUGGCAUAGUAAAGCAGCUUGAAGUUGUGAGACAGAGAGACAGAACAGGGACUUGCAAGGAGCAGCUGACAGAGAAAAGUCAAGACGGGGAGAUGAGGCUUCAGCCAUUGUCCCAUGUCAGAUGGUGGCAUUGCAGAUGUUAUAGAAGAUGCAGGAUUUUAGAGAUGUUGCUAAUUUGGCAUGUGAAGACUAAAAUUUUCAUUCUUCACCAUCUCCCAGUAUUGAGAAAUGCCAGCCAAUCCCUUACUGAAAGCUGGUGAACAAAUUGCAAAUGUUGAUUACACCUUUUAGAUGCUACCAGCCUUAACCUGUGGUGGAUGACAUUUUAGGGACAGCAGUGAAGGACAGCAUUUGUGCCUUGUCCUGCUCUCCUUUCAGCCAGGGCAGUCGUCACACAGCAGCUCUAGGACCCUGGCAGUGGGGGCUCAGGGAGAAUGCAGAGUCCUGGAAGGGUGAGAGCAUUCAUUCUCCCUGGAUACCUGCAGGGUGUUGGGCUAAGGCUGGGUAUCCUGAAUUCUCAUGGCAUGGAAGAAGGAUGCUGAUGUGCGGGCAUCAAGCCUGGGAUGGAGCCCCUCUGAACCCCACCUCCUUGGAGCAGAGAGAGGAAGAGGAGAGACACAAAACCCCACCAAUAGAGAGAGAUUUCAUCCCUGCAGUGUCUCAGUCCUACAAACUACAAACAGGAUCACCAUGCUGGGGCAGCAGAACUUUUCAGCACCCAGUCCUGGAAGGCUUAAAAUCCAUCAGAAGUGCUGAUGACCAGUCCUAGGGAUCUUCUUGUCACGGUUUGCCUACAACAACAACACCUGCAGGAUUUCUCAUUUAUCGCUUCUUACUUUUGUUGGGAUUCUUUUUUUAAAUUUUUUUUCAGCUUACCUUGCACUCAAAGCUGGAGUAGGAGCACAGUCCUUGCACUUCCAUUGUGUGACCAGGUGCAAUUCGGGCGCAGAACUCAGGGCUGAAGCCCUGUCAAGGCAGUGCCCUGCACAGCCAGGCUUCCACAGGCAUUUGGCCAUUGGCUCCGUGGAGCCAAAUUUAAAAACCACUGGGAACUUUGAAAAUAAACUUACUUUUGUCAUAUAACCUUGGAGAGCAUUUGCAAUAAGAUUUUUUAGUGUUUUGAUUCCAGGUGAAUUUUGAGAUGGGUUUGCACGUAACAAAGGAGUAGAAAGGGGUAGUUCUGUUAUAGCUUUCCAGACUGAUGCAUUUUCUUUAUCUCCUCUUCAGUUACCAUCCACAUUCUUUCCAAAAAAAUGCAUAUGCUCAGAUCUGGUUGCUUGUUUUAAAUAGACAGAUGAGCAAACUUAGCUCUUUUUAAGAAUCAGAAAUCGUUUCCAAUCUGAUCCUGAAUUAUGCAAGCACGCCUUUUAUUUUUAAAUCUUUGUUGAGGAGUCUGAUGAACACUAAUUAGUUGACAGAUUUUCAUGAGUCAGGUGUUUGCUAUUCAUUUCCUACAGUGUCUCAAGGUUCACUUGAGUCUUGUAGCAUUUUUUCCCACUGUUGGAUGUGAGGCUUUUUUUAAACAAAUGAAUAAUGAAGGGAAAAAAAAAUAACAAACUCCUAGAUGUGCACUCUUGACCUGGAUUAUCUAAAA